AUUCCACUAAUCAAAGAAGAAAACAAGUAGUACUGUUGAUUAGCAGGUAGGAAGUAACUGUAACAAUAUUUUUACAUAUACAAUACUUCACGAUUUCAUGGCUUGCCUUUUAAUUUGACUUGGGCAUAGAUUCGUUAUAUUAAAUGAUUGAUGUUUCGACGUGCAUCACAGGAGUAAUUUACAAAAUAUUUUAACAGAAGAUACUAGGAUUGAGGUGUUAAUGUUGGGAUUGUUAUAGAGCUUUUACUAUCUUUAAAUAUGUCAUCCUCGUGUACAUAUAAUAUUCUUUUCCGUCGGCACUUCUUACGUCAGUGGCGUGAAGAUAAUAGCGUAUAAAAUUUGUUUUGUCGGAAAAAACGAAGAAAAGACAUCAUUAAUAGUGAACGCCUUUAUUUAUGUAUAAAGGGGCAAGGCCAUGUACUAUUUAUUCAUAUAAUUUCACCUACCUGUGGUGGGGAUAAGUUCCAGCGGUACAUCCAAUAACAAGGAAGUAUAGACUAGUUGAUAUGAAAUUAGGUCAUUGACAAGCAGUGCAUUAUCACCAGCACCAUGAGCUGUAACAUGUUUGAUGAAGAUAAGAAAUCUGAAGAAGGAAAUCGUUUGAAUGGAAGCUGUUGGUCAAAAGAAUCCUGUCAGCUGGACAGAAGGAAUUCGUUAGCAGAAACUGAGAAUGUGGAACACACUCUAGUGACAGGCAGUGACAGUUUACACAGACAUAAUACAUCCAACUGUGAAAGUAAUUAUGAGUGUGAUGAUUCUUAUCAUGAUGGUCACCCAUAUCUGUUUAGUGAAAUACACGAUGAGGGUAGUCAAUCAUAUGAAAUUGAAGAGCUGUGCAGAAGUGAUAAUUCUGUAAGCAGAGUGUCUCAUGUGAGAAGAAAACAAGAUGGAUGUAGUGAAUAUAAAGAGAACUAUGAGAACAGCCAACCAGCAGUACAUAACACUGAAGAACUUAAUAAUUGUGAGACUGGCAAUUGUCUGUCAGAAUCAAAUCAGACUGUAAGAGACGAUUCCUGUGAAUGUAAUGAAUCUCAUGCAGAUAGUCAAAUUGAUGACGACAAUCAGUCCUACAGGAGUACAUACACAACGGACCUUUCAGAAGAUGAAUCACUGUAUUAUAACAGUGAGGCUGAAAAUGAUGAUGACGGUGAUGGUGAUGGUGAUGAUGAUGAUGAUGAGGAGGAGGAGGAAGCAGAUGACAGCACACGUCCUUUGUACAUUAUUGAAUGUAACUCUGAAGAGUUUCUAGAAACUCGUCCUUCUACAGGCUUUGCAACAAUAAUAAGGGCCUUCAGUGUUUGGGCAGAAAUGGAGCAAUUUGAGAAGCCACCACCACCAGCAGCAAAAGAAGUGAUACAGAGUCUGGAAAAUUUGUCAAUAACAGAAAAAGGGUACCAGUGUCCAGUGUGCUUAGGAAUUUGUGAAAUCGGCGAGACUUUAAAAUUGCUUCCUUGUACUCAUGCAUUUCAUAAUGAGUGCAUUCUGCCAUGGUUAGAAAAGACAAAUACUUGCCCAUUGUGUCGACAUGAAAUGCCAACUGACAAUGAAGAUUAUGAGUUGUUCAAAAGAAUUGAAACAGGAAGGCAACUGAGAAACUAAAUGGUCUGUGCAUUUAUGUUGUUAUUCAUGAUUAAAAUAUACCAAAUGAUAGAAUUUUGUAGCUGGAAACAUUAAACAUGUCAUUCAUCUGCUUGUAUCUGAUUGUCAGUGGAGAAGUGUACUAUAUUAUUGUGCUGUGUUGUAUUUUGAUGCCAGAGUUUUGUACUGAUAAGGGAGUGUGGAGAAGGCACAAUUGAUUUAGAUGUCAUGAAGAGAAAGUAGUUGCAUUUUCAUCUAUUGAAAGCUAUUUACCAUUGAAAAUGGUUGUGUUAGUGUCUUGUAAUUGAGGAAAAUUCCUAUGUCAACACAGAAAUUAAGAAAUGUGUAUUUCUAUAGGCCUUAAUGAUUUUUAAGUAUGUGUCAGAAAUAUUAUAGUAUGUUUCCAUGAUACAAUGAAACUUAAUGUGGAAAGAGAUUUUAUGUGAGAAAAUAAGUAGGGAAACUUUUGUAUAUUUAGAAUAAUUGUCAUCAAACUUGUGACUUCUGAAAUUUUCCCGGCGUAUUUGUUCUUCUAAUAAUUUCCGGGUAUGCAGCCGGAUCCCGUCGACAUUCUGCCUUUAAUGGAAUCGUUACAUCUUAUUGGUAACUUAUUCAGUGCAGAAAUGACGGCCUUGUUUGAACAUAUACUCUCCUCAACGUACUUUCUAUUCAAUGACGAAUUCUUUGAACAAACAGAUGGCGUCGCCAUGGGGAGCCCUUUGUCCCCUGUGGUAGCUAAUCUCUUUAUGGAGGACUUUGAGGAGAAAGCACUUGAGUCUGCUGUCUUAAAGCCUACGGUCUUCUGACGGUACGUAGAUGAUACUUUUGUUGUAUGGCCUCAUGGCAGACAGGAACUGGAGAAAUUCCUUCAUCAUUUAAACUCUUUACAUGAGAACAUCAAAUUCACGAUGGAGAUUGAAAAAGAUGGCACUUUACCAUUUCUAGACGUGCUAGUAUGCCGUAAAAAUGAUGGGUCAUUAGGACAUUCUGUGUACAGGAAACCGACUCACACAGAUCUGUAUCUCCAAGCGUCAAGCUGCCACCACCCAGCACAAACAGCCGGUGUUCUCAGUACCUUAAUACAUCGAGCGCAUGUAAUAUCGGACGAUGAAAACCUCCACGCAGAAUUAGAACACUUGGAGAAGGUUUUUAAAGAGAAUGGCUACACUUCACGCCAAAUAAGAAAGGCCAUGCGCAACUGUCAUAACAAGAAGCAGCGCACUGAGGACGCUGAUGACGACUUUAAAUCAACUGCGUUUCUUCCAUACGCCGGGAAUGUGUCGUCGAAAAUAGGCCGGCUACUGAAGAAGAAUAAAAUCAAGGUUAUCUUCUGUCCACCAGCAAAGAACCGGGCCCUGGUUGGAUCCGUUAAAGACGAUUUACAACUGAAGAAAGCAGGGGUCUACAAAAUUCCCUGUGAAUGUGGCUCUGCAUAUAUUGGCCAGACGACAAGAACUGUCCAUGAACGAUGUACAGAACAUGAAAGAUACACCCGUCUGCGGCAACCGUCAAAAUCGGCAGUAGCAGAGCACUGUAUUUCAAUGGGACAUUCAAUGGAAUACAAUGGAACAAAAAUUUUAGCUCCGGUUUCCGGAUUUUGGGAUUCCGUAAUCAAGGAGUCAGUGGAAAUACGUCUUGCCGAUAAUCUUAUAAAUCGUGACAACGGCUUUCAACUGGAUAAAACUUGGAAUCCUGUUAUUAAAAUUAUACAUUCACAGCGGAAUAGACAGCGUCAUUCGAUACUCAAUGACUAGAUGAUCUUUUACUUUCACCACCGAGGGCAGCACGUACUACUGGGCUAUGCCGCGCAUGUCAACACGUGCACGAGAAUCGGUAUAAAUACCGCGACUGCACCUGGGCUCUUCAGUAGUUGUGUACUCACCUGAUGAUGGCCAGACGUCUCUGGGCCGAAAUAUCGUGGCAGAAUGUCGACGGGAUCCGGCUGCAUACCCGGAAAUUAUUAGAAGGUCAUCAAACUUAUUAGGCAAUGACAGUUUUCAACAACACCACAAUUAUUUUGAAAUGGUUAGGUUAAGUAUGUUGUUAAUGUUUGCAUUCCAUUGUAUUAGGAGUAACUGCAAUCUUCAAAGAAGAAUUGACUAUUCUAUUCAUUGGCGUGGUGAAGAAUUGUUGGUAGAUAAAACAAGUUUUGAGUUUUCUAGAAGAGAGUGGGGCUAGUGUGGAUAUUUGUUUCAUACUUUGUAAUAAGACCAUUUGAAGCAUUUUUUUUUAAAUUCAGUAUCUUUGGAUUCACACUACCAGAAUCAUUACAGCAAUUCUUUGUAUCUUCAACAUUUUGACCAUGAGUUAAAAACACAAGAUGUCUGCAAUCUGCCCACAUUUGCCCAAUGGUGGGGCAAAUGUGUUCAUUGACUGAAAUUGCAUGGGGUAAAAGUGGACAGUAUGUUUUUUAUAUAUGUAAAGCCAAGUUUGCAAAAAAAAGUUUAUAUAAAUAUGAAACAUCGGUAUUAACCUAAAGAAUUUUUUUGCUUUUUUUUUUUAAACAAAUAUUGUACUUUUCAAAAUUAACAUUAAACUGGAGCAUCCUCCCAUGCCUUUGUGUCCCAGUUGUUUUUGCAGAAGGCAGGAGACAAAUAUUAUCUGACCUCUCCACUGUUGACUCAACUGGGACAAAAGAGAAUACAAAUCCAGAUCCUUUUUUCCACAGGUAGGAAACACACUUUCUCUUCACCAAUGGUAUUCACAACUUGCCCAACAUAAUAUUUAAAAGUCUUCUUGGUGGCAAAAUGAACCAAUACAAAAUCACUAUACCUCACUUCAUCAACAUCUAUCAACAUUUGUAAAGUUUGUGGGCUUCAUUGUUGUCUUUCACAGCAUCCCUAAUUCUCAGAUUCCAGCAUAGGGGAUGAAAGGGUUUCCAAUUCACUAUCUUAAUCAUCAGUGAUUUUAUUUUUUGCAGAGAUCUUCAGGUCCUUCUUGCACUGGAUCAGUCUUCUUCAAAGCUGAUCUCAUUUUACUCAUUACUGCUGCUUCCAAUUUGUCUUUGAUUGGAGUACUAGCAUAAACUGCGGAUUUCUUUUGCCCCGAUUUUCUUUCUUGCCUUGCGACUUUUUGGGAAGGUGAAAAAGUCUUCAGGAAUUGGAAUUUCAGUUAGUACUGCACCUGAAGUGGAAGGUGAAGCAUCAUACAAAAUUGGAGGUUCCACAACUUGACAUAGGCUGCUCAGUUACUUCAGAUGGCCUAAAAUUGUCUUCAGUGAAUGCCAACCUAUUAAGUGGCCACAAUCCAGGCACCUUGAAGCAGGAUACAAUAUCUUUUUGGGUAAAUGAAGCUGGAAAUGCUAUCUCACAAAACAUAGCCAUCUCUGAAAUAGUGACUUGGUGACCAGGAUGCGUUUUCAUCAAGCCAGCCAUUGCUAUUCUUAGAUAUCCUUGAAUGGCCCAAACACAGUGAUAUCUAGUGGCUGCAUACUGGGGAACAAUGUGCUGGGAAUGUCAGCAGAGUGAUUCCAGCAUCUCUGGCCAUAUUGAUAACAUCAAUACUGGUGUGACUUGCACGAUUGUCCAGAAGUAUGAGUAGAUGAUUGUCUUUCGAACAGCUCAUCUUGUUAUCGACAUGCUUUAAAACUUUGAGGAACAAUUCGGUUCUCAUGAAACCAGAUUUGUUGGCAAAUCCAAUACUACCACAUGGCGCACCAUCCAGAAAUGUCUUUUGUAUGGACUCGUGGAAAAAUGAACACUGGUGGUAUGGUCAUCCCUAAGGCUGAAUAGAAAGCACACAUGGUGACAUUUUCCCCUCUCUGUUGUGAUGCUACCAUUCCUACUUGCUUUUUACCACAUUCUGCAAUAUCUUUAGUUCAUUAUCCUGUCUCGAUUGAACUUAAAUUUGUACAAUAGUCAAAAAAUUGUCAAAGAAAAGGUUAAUAUUUACUUUAAGUGCUGCAUCCCUUGUGAAGCUCGUAUUUUCAGGUCUACGAUGAGAUAGCUUCUGUUGGCUGUGUAAAAAUCCAAACAACCAGUCCUUUCCUGCCAUACACCCUACAUUCCAGCUCCUAGGAUAUUUUUUUUCCCCAUACAUAUAUGCCAGUUAACAUGCUUGGUUGUAUGGCAGUCCAUAAAGUAAAUUUGAUGCCUUCAUGAAGUAUUGAGCUAGUAAUUUCUCUUUAGGAUCUGUAAAAACCUUGUGAACUCUGUAUUUGGACUUUGUCAUAUUAAGUGCUUUGGAUUUAUCCGUGUGAAUUUCCAGAAUCAUUUCCAUCACAUGGAUCUGAAAAAGUAUAUAACAUAGUCAGCCACAGUGUACGGAAUAGAAAUGGAUUUUUGCAGUUACACAACUGUAUCUGUUAUUUGUCUAAGACAGUUGGUUCACAAAGAACAGUAGAAUUAUUACAUGGUGGCAUAAUUGUGUGGAAACUCACCUGGACAGAUCUGAAUGCUUUCAGCAGCAUAUUUCUUAGCUGUGGUGAUGUGUUUCUGUAGCAUAGACUUCUUUAAUCCAAAUUUCUCUGCAGUUCGUUGAAUACUCCCCUUUUUUAACCAAAUUUAUGAACUUUUUCUUCGUUAAUAUUAGCCCUGUUAGUUUUCUGGAUAUAUGUCCUCCCCAUCUACAAUAUAGAUAAUUUAAUAAAAUAAUUUAUAAACAUAAAACUAUGAAACUAAAUGUUGGCCUCUGUUCUAAAUCAGGGCUGGGUUAACGGUGGUUACUGUCCACACUUGCCCCAAAGGGCCAUUUUGGAUAUGAAAUCAAAUUGUCGCAAAUGUGUUGUAUUUAGAUGAAACAUUACACAAGCAAAAGUUAUGGAAAUCUUUAUAAAUUUAUAAACCACAACUGAUAAUCUGUUCAGUACUAACCAUUUGGAAUAAUCUUGAAAUUUAUGACAAAAAUCGAAUAGUGGCCGGAAAACGAAUUUUCACUUAUCUUGCUUGCAACAAUAACCUGACUGGCACCAAAUUUUCUUUGUAUUGUUUACUACAUCCUACAGAACUACCAACAUGAACAGGCAAAAAUUCCAAAGAGUAUUUCACUGAAAUAAUUCUGUGUCCACUCUUCCCCCCACAUCCACAGUAAACCCACUCUUCCCUAUAAGGGUAUUUAUUCUUAAUCCCUUUAACGUUGUUGUAUUGAAUUCAUACAUGCUUUGUGGGUUUGUUUAAUUUAAUGUAUCUGCACAUUUGGCUUAAGUGUUCAGUGUUCAGACCUAUAUUUCAUACAAUUAAGAAACUUGUCUGAAAUAGCUUAACAGAUUAAGUAUAUGUCACUUGAAAGCUAGCAAAAUCAUACUUCAGGUGCUAGCACUGCAAAUCAAAAAUUUAUCAGAAAUGUUGUGAUUUCUAUGUCUCUCUCUAGUUUCGGGUUGUAAUUAUUGGUGAAAUACAAUUGAAAAAUUGCUAUUAUGUUGGCAUGAUUUUUAAAUAGCAUGAAUGUUAAGUUUAAUUAGUGUUAAAAUUUGUAAAAUUGCAACACUUUUCACAAAAAUGGGAGGAAAAAGUAUCAAAUUUUGAAUUGUUGGGACAAAAGUUUCAAUAUUAUAAGUAAAAAAAAAAAAAAGUAUGUAUGAAAUGUUAAUUAUAUGGUUGAUGGCACAGGAGUAGUGAAGAGUAUUAAAUUAAUUGUAAACACUGUUCAUUUUUCUCUGAAGCUUUAUGUAUAUGCUGUGAGUCCUACUUAGAACACUGUGUCUCACGAGAUUAGGUUCUCUCUGCAGUACUGUCCAUCACUUGUGCUGGCAUACCUGGUAUUAAUGCUGGUAAUUGAUCUUCAGUUUGGUUCUGUACUGUUGGAACCAUAUACCUUGAUUCCCAGAACAUCUAGUUCUGAAAACUUUUGGGCUGUAUUGUGUAUCAUGUAAAACAUAAAUUUACACAAAAAAAUUAAAAAUAUUUGUGGUAACAUUGAGGUCAGGUCUAAAGAUAAGACACUCUUAUAAGAAAGGCGUGAAUUCUAAGGCUUUCUUGAAAGCCUUAGAAUUUCCAGGACCAAUAUCUUGCCAGCAUUGAUACUGAUAACAGGCAAAAAUCUUAAGAGAUUCUAGAUUUCUAGGAUGAAUGAACCAUUUAUACAUAUAAUGAAGUUUGUAUGGAACCCUCAGUGCACGAGUGUAUCUGGAUUUUUAUUUAAUCUCACUUCUCUGUGUAUAAACAUGAGAAAUGGCAGGCAGUAUUUUAAAUAUUCUUAUAUUUUUUGUUUCAGUUUUAGGAAUUUGUUGCUACAAGAAACAGUGUCUCAAAUGUUGUGAAAAUAAUUUGGACUGCUGAAUUUCAAGUAUUUACUUUUGCCAGCCCAAAUGUGCCACUGCAGUUACUUUUAUUUGUCUGUAUAUAUUGUGAUAACCUUCAUAAACUAAUGGUCACAUGUAAAUACCUCGUAGCUAGUAGAGAUGAUGGGCAUAUUUAGUUGCAUUGGUGAUUCAAUCAAAAGCUUAAUCUCCCAUAAAAUACAUACUGAGGUAAUUACUUUAAUUCUCAGUUUAAUUUAAUUUAUUAGCUAUUACUAACCAAAGAAAUAUUUUCAAAGUUUCACUUUGAACAGCUUUUCAGGUGUUUUAGGCAAAGAUCUGUAUUAUUUAUGGGACUGAUAUUCUGAUGGAUUAUGUCUAACAACUGUUUAAAAAUUUACUUUCAAUGUAGGUUGUUAUAAUGUAAGUGUGGAAAAGUUAUUUCAUUGUUGUUAUGUGUGUGUUCUGUAUGUUAUAGUAUAAAAUGAAUGUCAACAUGUGUUAUUUAUAGACAUGUAGACUUCUUCAGAUAAGACUGUUGCACCAAUAUAUGGCUGUGUCAAAUAUGACAAAUCUUACAGCAAAAUGUAAGAAGACAGUAAGCAGAUCAUUUGAAAACUUGUAUCACAACUUGUUAAGAAUGAAUGACUGGAACCCAUUCUUUGAAUUAAUACUUUGAUGGAGCAGCAAGGUUGGAUCAAUGAAGUUCUCACAACGGCAUAUUUAUUAACAAAUAAUCUUUAAUAACAUUGCUUAGUAAUUAUUUAUUGAAAUAAGUCAUAUUUCCAUGUAAAGUAUAAGGAACACUGUUAUCCACAUGUCUCAGUUGCCAAAAAUCACAGUGCAUGUUGUUCAGAACCAUUAUAUGCCAUUCAAACAAAUUUAAUUUAAUUUAGGCUCUGCAUUAUCAGCACAUUGUUUGUAUCUUGUUGUAACAAGACUUCCACUUUUUGAUACAAUUGAAAUUGGGAUGUUUGAUGCUUAUUAGAACUGUAAAGCAAGAGAUUCUCUCAACUGUUUAAGUAGUCUAAGUGAAGUGCAAAGUGAUUAUUUCUCAUCUGUAUAUCAUAAGAUAGCUCUUAUUGUUGUAAAGGGCUUUUAGACAAGUUUAUUAUACUAUAUUGUGCAGGAUGAAUAAUGUACAUGGAGUAAGAGACAGAUUUAAAUGUUCCUCAUUUUCAUAUUUAAUCAUUGUUGUGUUCUCCUUCAAAUAUUAAUGCAUUGUUCUGUGUUAUUGUUAUCUGCAUCUGGGAUAAGAGGCAGAUACUCAGGAAUUUAUACUAGUCAGUGCUCAAAGUAGUCAUUGAAUCAUUUAACAGAAAUAAAAUACCAUUCAAACAGGUUUCUUUGAAAACCCUGUCAUCUUGUGGACAAUUGAUCCAGCAACCUGCUACUGUCUUCUACAUACAGACUGUAUUAACAUUCUUGUGAUCUGCAUUAUUAAUUUAGUAUUGAUGAUUAGUCUUUCAAAAGCAGUGACCAAAAAUAUUGUAUGUUGUUACUUGAUGUAAUUCAUGUUUCAUAAUAAAAUGUUUUUAUUGUUA